CUUCAAGCGUCACCCGAUAGCAAAAAAAACACCAUUCUACGGAAUUUCUUCUCUGAUUUCAAAGGUAGGUAGAGUUUUGAUACCAUUUGAAUUUAUUCAUUUCAUGAAUAAGUUCUGGUUACUUUGCUUUCGCCCAAAGUGUGAAAAAUAUCGCCGGCAUGUUGACAAAAAAAUAAACACUUAAUUCACAUCCUGAUAAUAUUCUUAUUAACAACAUAUUACCACUUUAUCAAUGAUAGAAUGAUGUUUAGGAUCUUUCAGUUCCUUUGCAAAGUAUUUUGUUGAAGGAGCCAGAUAAGUGUUAUGAUCGCCAAGAACCAUGUGAUGAUCGAGCAAUGAACAAUGCUUGAAUAAAUGAUAACUUGACACAUGACAAUACUAAGGGCAUAUUUAGUAAAUAAACAGCCUCUUCUUUUCUCUAAAUUUCAGUAUACAAUAACUAAAUGGCCUUUUAUCGAAUUCUCUCUUUGAGUGCUGUUUCUCUUCUCUUUUCCCUUUUUUUCAUCAGCUUUGCUCCUCACAAUUCUGUAAUUAUUCUUCCAGUGAUGCUACUUUAACGAAAAUGACUGUUUGAUUACCUCUCAUUCUCCUGCUGUACAUCUGUUACAACUAAUCAUCUUCAUGAUUUUUUUUCCUCCAGUGUGGACAUGGUCAUUAACGCAUCUAACACCGUUUUGCACUGUUGAUUGGCAGAAACUCUCCCCAAAUGUAGGCAACAAGAUAGCAAGAGGUCGAUUCUGGAAAAAAGAUGAUUUGAAGCAGAAGAACCACUCCUGACAUCAGUUUGUGUUUUAAAAGGUCAUCCAGUCUUUGCUCCCGUUGAUUAGCUAAC